CGAGCUUUCUUUUAUUGCCUGGAGUCCAUAAAAAUGGCAGUAAAUUUGGUUUUCUCACUUUUACUCGUGUCCUAUUUUGUUUUCCCUACAGUCCCCAGCUACUCUCUAAAGUCGUGGUGUAGCCAAACACCCUACCCUCAACCUUGUGAAUAUUUCUUAGCUGAUCACAAUAGUAAAUAUGGAGCUUUAAUAAUCAAUAAGAAAUCUGAUUUUCUUAAGAUUUCACUGAAAUUAGCCCUUGGUCGUGCCUUGAGUGCUCACGAAAAUACGUUAUCACUUGGCUCAAAAUGUCGUAACAAGCAUGAAAAAGCUGCAUGGGCUGAUUGUAUAGAGCUAUAUCAGAAUAUUAUUGUCAAAAUCAAUAAGACAAUUGAUCCAACUAUUAAAUCUACAGCUGAUGAUGUUCAAACAUGGCUUAGCACAGCCUUAACCAACAUUGAAACAUGUCGGUCUGGUUUUAUUGAACUUGAGGUCACGGACAAUGUAAUGCCAAUACUGAAGUCCAAUAUUAAUGUUUCAUAUUUAAUAAGUAACACUUUAUUCUUAAACAGAGGAUACUAUAGUACUGAACCAAGUGCAACUUAUGAAGAUGGUUUUCCAAAUUGGGUAUCGCCCCGCGAUCGAAAAUUACUGCAGUCAUCGUCUAAUUUGGGCUCUCAAGCAAAUAUUGUGGUGGCAAAAGAUGGUUCAGGGAAUUUCAAGACUGUUACUGAAGCUGUUACUGCUGCUGCCAAGAGAACAGGAAGUGGAAGGUUUGUUAUAUAUGUAAAAAUAGGGAUUUAUAAAGAAAAUAUAGAGAUAGGGCUCAAUUUAAAGAAUCUCAUGUUGGUUGGAGAUGGAAUUGGAAAGACAAUCAUCACAGGAAGUAAGAGUGUUGGAGGAGGAUCUACCACCUUCAAAUCGGCCACUGUCGCUGUUGAUGGUGACGGAUUUAUUGCUCAGGGCAUAACAUUUAGGAACACUGCUGGACCUAAAAACGACCAAGCCGUAGCCCUUCGAUCUGGUUCAGAUCUUUCAGUAUUUUACCAAUGUAGCUUUGACGGGUAUCAAGACACUCUUUAUGUCCACUCUCAGAGACAGUUCUAUAGAGAUUGCGACAUUUAUGGAACAGUCGAUUUCAUAUUUGGGAAUGCAGCAGUUGUGUUACAAAAUUGCAAUAUUUUUGCUAGAAAUCCGCCUAGCAGGAUUAACACAGUGACUGCACAAGGGAGAAGUGAUCCAAACCAAAACACUGGAAUUUCAAUUCAUAAUUGUAGAGUCACAGCUGCUUCUGAUUUAAAGCCUUACCAAAACUCAGUUAAGACAUAUCUUGGUAGGCCGUGGCAACAAUAUUCACGUACUGUUGUUAUGAAAACUUUUUUAGAUAGUUUGAUUGAUCCAGCUGGUUGGAUGCCUUGGACUGGUACCAUCGCGCUGAACACGUUGUACUACGGAGAAUACUUGAACAGUGGUUCUGGUUCAUCAACUGCUAACAGGGUGAAUUGGCCUGGUUAUCGAGUUAUUAACAGUGCAGCUGAGGCAUCUAAGUUUACUCCUGCUAAUUUCAUUGCUGGAAGUUCUUGGUUGCCAGCAACCAAUGUUCCUUUCAAAUCUAAUCUUUGAUUCUUUUUUUUUUUUUUUAUACUAAAUCUUUUCCUUUAUAGCACACACAGAAGGGAAAAAAAAGAAGUCACGCUCAAGUUUAGAGCUUGAGCGAAUGGUUGAUAUAUAAUGUAUGUCCUCCUUCCUUAAAAUAUUGUAUUUAGUUUUUAAAACAAUUAAGAAAAAAUAUUCUGCUAA